UGAAGGGGGACUUUACUUGUGAAAGUGCGGGGCGAUGACGCCGGAUUCACCGUGCGCGUGCGCAGUAGCGUCGGCGUGAAAUUGGGAAGAGUGGAGAGCAGCUGAUUGACAGCUACAGAAACACCUCUUCAGAAUGGCUCCUCCAUCCUCCUCCUCCUCUUCCUCACGCUGCUGUUGCUGCUGUCCACGCUCCUGGCUGUGCUCGCGUUCCUCGGCCUACACCUUGGCUCUGGGCUUGGGCUUUAUUACACUGGGGACCAGUCGAAUCAUCCUGCUCAAACUCUCUGAAAAUGAAGAGAAUAAGUAUGAUUUUCUCCCUGCCUCUGUGAAUUUAAUGGCAGAGGCUGUCAAGCUUGCCUUCUGUUUAGUGAUGUCACUGCGAGUGAUUAUUCGAGAGGGACGCUCAUAUAAAGACUUAUGUUGCUCCUCUGGUUCCUCUGUUGGUAGCUGUCUAAAGUGGGCUGUCCCUGCAUUCCUGUAUUUCCUUGACAACCUCAUUAUUUUCUAUGUGUUGACCUAUCUACAGCCUGCCAUGGCAGUAUUGUUCUCCAACGUUGUUAUUCUUACCACAGCCAUUCUAUUUCGGAUUGUUCUGAAGAGGCGAUUGUCCUGGGUGCAGUGGGCUUCCCUAAUCAUCCUCUUCCUCUCCAUAGUGGCACUAACCACAAGCACACCCAGUAACCAACAUACCAACACCUCACACAUCCUACACCCGGCACACCUCUCCACUCCCUCCAGCGGCUGCCUCAACUUCACCCGCUCGGAGACGCAACAGCACAACCUCAGCAACUCCAGCUGGGUGGAGGGUCUUCCAAAACAGCUGCGGGACAGUCAGAUUCUCCAGCGUCUGCACAGCUUUGGCCUGGGGUACGUGCUGCUGCUGCUCCAGUGCUUCAUCUCACCAAUGGCCAACAUCUACAACGAGAAGAUCUUUAAGGAUGGCGAGCAGCUGGCUGAGAGCAUCUUCAUCCAGAACAGCAAGCUGUACGCCUUUGGCCUGGCCUUCAACAGCCUCACGCUGCUCCUGCACCCUGACUCUCGGGAGCUCGUGCUGCACUGUGGCCUGCUGCACGGGCACAAUACCUUUUCUGUGGUGCUGGUCUUCGUCACCGCAGCCUUUGGCCUCUCCGUGGCCUUCAUCCUUAAGUUUCGCGACAACAUGUUCCAUGUGCUGACGGGCCAGAUCACCACCGUGAUCAUCACAGCACUUUCACUCUUUCUCUUUGACUUCCGUCCCUCGUUGGACUUCUUUCUUCAGGCUCCUGCGGUGUUGCUGGCCAUUUUUAUCUACCACAGCAGCAAGCCAAAGGACGUGGAGUACGCUCUGCAGCAGGCGCGGCUCAGGGUCAUCAACGGAGAGGUGUUCGAGAGGUCAAGAGGGGACGGGGAGGAGCUGCAGAGACUAACCAAGUCCAACACAGACAGUGAUUCUGAAGAAGAGUCUUUCUGAGUCGUUAUAAACCACUCGCCAUCCAGCCUUCACCUGCUGUGGCUUUACUGUAAUUAUCCUGUAAAUGAUCUGUUAAUGUGCCUGUAUUUAUAAUGCUGUAAUUAUAAAGCUUAUUUUAUAUAUUUAAGGUGUAUAUAUAUAUAAUGAGAUAUCAGACUUAUCAGAAAUGUCAAUGAUUAAUGUAACUAGGUGUUUACUACUGAGCAGAAUUAAGCAUAUUAUUAGAUUAAACAGGAAGUCUGAAAUUGACAAUGGUCUGCAGGCUGUCUUGCACUGUUGUCAAAAGUGCAUAUCACAUUCUAAUGGUUCUUUUGUACAUCCGCUCCAUUCCUAUUACCAUUAACGACCACUACUGACCAAUUAUAUAACAGUGUACUUGAUUUACUGCAGUAAUUGUUUUACUGUAAAGGAAGAUGACAAAGGGGGAGCAAAGAUGAAUAUAUCAAAAGUAUUGAAUAUAUCUAAAUCCUUUUCUUUUCUCUUCAUAAUUUAAGUAUUCUGACUGUAUUGUCUCUUGUGCCAUUGCAUUUCUCAUUUUGGGCCAAACUACAUUUAGAAAUGAGUAUGCAUUUCAUUUUUUUUCAUAUCAGGUAAAUUACAGGAUUGUUGUGGUGAUGCUGUACUGUUUGCAGAGGAUAACCUGAAAUAAUCAAAUAAAUCAACCAAAAAAUAAAUUACGGAAUAAAUCUCUCAUGAGAAACAUAAUUUAUAAUGCUUUAGUAGUUGUGAGUUGUAAGAACUUUUGAAAUUAUAGUAUAAUAUGUAGUACAAAUAGAACAAAUCAGGAGUUGUGCACUUAUGCUGAUAUGCAGGAUUUUUUAUAUGUAUAUAUCUGCCAACUGUUAUACUGGUGCUGCUAUGUAAACAUUUAUUAAAUUUAGAAAUACGG